AUGGUGGAGCCAGGACAGGAUCUGUUGCUUGCUGCUUUGAGUGAGAGUGGAAUCAGUCCAAAUGAUCUAUUUGAUAUUGACUCGCCGGACGUGGUUCUUUGUUUCCUGAUGCUUACUUUCUUUCCUCUGCAGUCAGUGCCACUUAGUGCGUUAGAACUAGGCUUGGAGACUGAGGCCACAGCUGCUGUGAAACAAGAACCGGAGACUGUAUCGACUCCAGCCUUAUUAAAUGUUCGGCAACCACCAUCCACCACAACCUUUGUGCUGAAUCAAAUAAAUCAGCUUCCAACUUUGGGGACUACAAUAGUGAUGACAAAAACAACACCUGUUACAACUACGAGGCAGACUAUCACUGUAGCAAAAAUCAUUCAGACCAGCACAACUACUCGACCCUCGGUUGCAGCACCAGCAGUACGCAAUGCCUUGACCACUACACCUUCGAAGGACCAGAUUCAGCUGAAAGAUCUGCUAAAGAAUAACAGUCUUAAUGAACUUAUGAAAUUGAAGCCACCUCCUAAUAUUGCCCAACCAGUAGCAACAGCAGCAACCGAUCUAAGCAAUGGUGCAGUGAAGAAGGAGGCUUCCACAAAAGAGGUAGCAAGAAUAUGGAUAAAUGAUAUUAAAAUGAGAAGUUUUUCACCUACUAUGAAAGUGCCAGCAGUAAAAGAAGAGGAAGAACCUGAGGAAGAAGAUGAGGAAGAAAUGGGCCAUGCAGAAACUUACGCUGAGUAUAUGCCAAUAAAAUUAAAAAUUGGUCUACGUCAUCCUGAUCCCGUAGUGGAAACCAGCUCAUUAUCCAGUGUGACUCCUCCUGAUGUGUGGUACCAGACAUCAAUAUCGGAAGAAACAAUUGAUAGUGGCUGGUUGUCAGCUUUGCAACUUGAAGCAAUCACUUACGCAGCCCAGCAACAUGAAACAUUCCUGCCCAAUGGAGACAGAGCUGGAUUCUUGAUAGGUGAUGGUGCUGGCGUAGGAAAAGGAAGGACCAUAGCUGGAAUAAUCUAUGAAAAUUACUUGUUAGGCAGAAAAAGAGCAGUCUGGUUUAGCGUGUCAAAUGAUCUGAAAUACGAUGCUGAAAGAGAUUUGAGAGAUAUUGGAGCAAAAAACAUAUUGGUUCAUUCAUUAAACAAGUUCAAGUAUGGGAAAAUUUCUUCCAAACACAAUGGAAGCGUGAAGAAAGGUGUCAUCUUUGCUACCUAUUCUUCUCUUAUUGGUGAAAGUCAGUCUGGUGGUAAAUACAAAACCAGAUUAAAGCAGCUUCUUCACUGGUGUGGUGAAGACUUUGAUGGAGUUAUUGUAUUUGAUGAGUGUCAUAAAGCUAAGAAUCUGUGUCCUGUUGGUUCAUCAAAACCAACAAAAACAGGUCUGGCGGUAUUGGAACUUCAAAAUAAACUUCCAAAAGCCAGGGUUGUUUAUGCUAGUGCCACAGGUGCAUCUGAGCCAAGAAAUAUGGCAUAUAUGAACCGUCUUGGAAUAUGGGGUGAAGGAACUCCAUUUAGGGAAUUCAGUGACUUUAUUCAGGCUGUUGAAAGAAGAGGUGUUGGUGCCAUGGAAAUAGUUGCUAUGGAUAUGAAGCUGAGAGGAAUGUACAUAGCAAGACAGUUGAGUUUUUCAGGUGUAACUUUCAAAAUUGAUGAAGUUCUGCUUUCACAGGAAUAUGUUAAAAUGUACAAUAAAUCUGUGAAACUGUGGGUCAGUGCUAGAGAGAGGUUUCAACAAGCAGCUGAUCUUAUCGAUGCAGAACAACGAAUGAAAAAGUCUAUGUGGGGUCAGUUUUGGUCAGCCCAUCAGAGGUUUUUCAAGUACCUUUGCAUAGCAUCUAAAGUGAAGAGGGUGGUGCAGCUAGCUCGAGAAGAAAUCAAGAAUGGGAAAUGUGUUGUUAUUGGCCUGCAGUCAACAGGAGAAGCAAGAACAUUAGAAGCUUUGGAGGAAGGUGGUGGUGAACUGAAUGACUUUGUUUCUACAGCAAAAGGAGUAUUCCAGUCUCUUAUUGAAAAGCACUUUCCAGCUCCUGACAGGAAGAAGUUGUUUAGCUUGUUGGGAAUUGAUUUGACCGCUCAAAGUAAUAACAAUUCACCCAGAGACAGCCCUUGCAAGGAGAACAAAAUAAAGAAACGGAAAGGUGAAGAAAUAAGCAGAGAAGCCAAAAAAGCUCGCAAAACAGGUGGCCUUGCAGGUAGCAGCUCUGAUGAGAGUGAAAGUGAGUCUGAUGCUUCAGACAAUGAAGAAAGUGACAAUGAGAGCUCCAGGUUUUUGAGUUCUGGAGAUGAUGAUGACUUCAACCCAUUCAGAGAUGAAUCCAGUGAAGAUGAUGAAGAUGAUCCCUGGUUAAUUAGAAAAGAGCAUAAAAAAAAUAAAGACAAGAAAAAGAAGAAAAGUAUAGACCCAGAUUCUAUUCAAAGUGCCUUACUAGCUUCUGGUCUCGGAUCAAAACGACCUAGCUGUUUUACUUCCACUGUUGGUACCACCACUUCUAGUACCAACACGUCAGCAAACAGUAACACAAACAGCAGCUUUGUAACAAGUCAGGAUGCUGUUGAAAGGGCCCAGCAAAUGAAAAAAGAACUGCUUGAUAAACUGGAAAAGCUGGCUGAAGAUCUUCCACCUAAUACACUGGAUGAGCUUAUAGAUGAACUGGGUGGCCCUGAAAAUGUUGCAGAGAUGACAGGCCGCAAAGGGAGAGUUGUAAGCAAUGAUGAUGGCAGCAUAUCUUAUGAGUCAAGAUCUGAACUUGAUGUGCCCGUUGAAAUUCUGAACAUCACGGAAAAGCAGAGGUUCAUGGAUGGAGAUAAGAACAUUGCCAUAAUCUCGGAGGCUGCCAGCUCUGGUAUAUCAUUGCAAGCAGACCGCAGAGCUAAGAAUCAGAGACGGAGAGUUCACAUGACUCUGGAGUUGCCGUGGAGCGCCGAUAGAGCAAUACAGCAGUUUGGAAGAACUCAUAGAUCCAACCAAGUGACUGCUCCAGAGUACGUGUUCCUAAUUUCUGAAUUGGCAGGAGAGCAAAGAUUUGCAUCGAUAGUUGCAAAAAGACUGGAGAGCUUGGGAGCCCUCACCCAUGGUGACAGACGGGCUACAGAAACUCGAGACCUCAGCAGAUUCAAUUUUGACAACAAGUAUGGCAGAAAUGCUUUAGAGAUUGUUAUGAAAUCCAUUGUGAACUUAGACUCCCCAAUGGUCUCACCUCCUCCUGAUUUUCCUGGAGACUUCUUCAAAGAUGUUCGUCAGGGAUUGAUUGGCGUAGGCUUGAUAAAUGUAGAAGACAGAUCUGGAAUACUAACGCUUGAUAAAGAUUAUAACAAUAUAGGGAAAUUUCUGAACAGAAUUCUUGGUAUGGAAGUACAUCAGCAGAACGCUUUAUUCCAGUACUUUUCUGACACGUUAAAUGCAGUUAUUCAAAAUGCUAAAAAGAACGGAAGAUACGAUAUGGGCAUCUUAGAUUUGGGCUCUGGGGAUGAGAAAGUAAGGAAGGCAGACGUUAAGAAGUUUUUGACUCCUGGAUAUUCUACCUCUGGACACGUAGAACUAUACACAAUCAGCGUAGAGAGAGGAAUGUCUUGGGACGAAGCAACUAAGAUCUGGGCAGAACAGACGGGUCCAGAUGACGGAUUUUAUUUAUCACUACAGAUAAGAAAUAACAAGAAAACCGCUAUUCUAGUAAAAGAAGUGAAUCCUAAAAAGAAGCUUUUUUUAGUAUACAGACCAAAUACUGGGAAACAACUCAAACUAGAAACAUGUGCAGACCUGAAAAAGAAAUACAAGAAGGUACCUUCUGAAGAUGCUCUGCCACACUGGUUAGAGCAGUACAAUUCUUCCGCGGAUACCUGCACCCAUGCUUAUUGGAGAGGCAAUUGUAAGAAGGCAGGCUUGGGAUUAGUUUGUGAAGUGGGACUCCGUUGUCGAACUUACUAUGUCUUGUGCGGUUCGGUAUUGAGCGUCUGGACAAAAGUAGAAGGCGUUCUAGCCUCUGUGAGUGGUACAAAUGUGAAAAUGCAAAUAGUUCGUCUAAGAACAGAAGAUGGGCAGAGGAUCGUAGGUUUGAUCAUUCCUGCAAAUUGUGUAUCGCCCCUUGUAAACCUCCUGUCGACGUCAGACCAGUCUCAACAGCUUGCAGUACAACAGCAGCAGAUAUGGCAGCAGCAUCACCCGCAAAGCAUCACCAAUUUCAACAAUGCAUAAGAGGACAAACUACAGGUGUUGACUUUGGUGUUUGAGGAAAAGGCUGUAAAAGCAUAUCACUUGCAUAAAAAUCAGGGACAGAUUCCAAAGAAAUAUAACUUUUUCAGUUCAGUUGUGUGCUCUCAAAUACUUCGGGAAUAAAGAGAUCUAAAAAGGUUGGUAGAACUGAAAGCCAGCAGUUGUUCAUGGUGGUGCAUCUGUCUUUCCUUAUGCUCUCUGUAGUGCUUCCUGUUUGCUUUUACUUUUGGCCUUUUAAGCUACAAACCACAAUUUGUUUGAAAAUGCUUGAAAAUCCCCAAGCAGGCUUUAUUUUUAUCUUGUCAUACAGUGCUCAGGGUUUAACGCAGUGCAUCAAUGCCAUUGCUGUGGGAGAUAUCCUUGAAUGCAUGUAUUGGGUAUAUAUAUAGAAAAUAUAUAUUGGGUUUUUCUCUUCAAUUUCUGAGUUUAUAAAAGCAUGAAACCUAGAGGUUGCACAUCAUGCAUUCAGGUUCCUUCCCAGUUUCUGUUUGACAGUGCAUGUCUCUGGAAACGGGCGUGGACAGGAUAAACACACAAGACAGCAUUCAGAGAGAAACACAAUCUUAGUUGUACAGCAUUGGUUAUUGCAUUUUUAUAGUGUUUAUACCCAGGUGUUGCAUUUUUUCUGGUUCUCUCCUGGGGGUUAUAUAUUUGAGUCUACAACACGUUCUUUUUGUGAUAAACAUCUUAAAUUAAAAUUAGUUCAUUUUUAAUGUAUUAAUGGUAUUCCUAAUGUGUACUGCAAAGAUGGCUGGACGCCUAUUUUCCUUAAAUCGAAGCAUUUCCUUAAUCCGAGGUGGUUAUGGAAACUUAAGUGCAAAUUCACUUCCAUCUCGCAUACAAUCUUAUAUUUUUUACUUCAUUAAUGUAAUUUAAUUUGUCACUUGUAAGAUGAAACCUUACUUGAGCUGUAAAUUAGAGAAUGGGAAACACUUGAGGGUUCCGCUGUAUGUGCUGUUUCUGUUACCCAGUAACUUGAAUACUGUUUAAUAUGUUGUAAGACAUUGUAGAGUUUAUCUGGAGCUGUUUAAAAGAAAUUGUAAUGUACAAAUGUGAAUAGUCACUUAUCUAUAAUAUGGGUAAGUUUUGUUUUGCCUAUAAUAGUAGAUGUUUAUAAGAAAGUGAAGGACAAUGUUUGUCAUUUCUUGCUUGCACAGGUUGCACUAUUGAAAAAUUGAGAUUGUAUAAACCUGUCCAAAAAAACUACAAGAUAAUGAUCUUGUAGAUGUCAAAUAAAAGUUAUUGUACUAACAA